CUCUUUCCACAACAAAAAUUCUCAUUUCUUAAAAACCUAAAAAUCAAGUGUAUUUCUUCUCUCUGUUGAAUUCCGUCUUGUUGAAUGGGGAAUUUAAAUAUUCUCCCAACAGAAAUCAUACUAGAAUAUUAACUAGGUUACCUAUUGAAUCUAUAUUAUAUAUUAGACUGCAAAUUGGUUUGGAAACCCUGGAAAUAUCUGAUUUCUCAUCAUCCAUCGUUCUAUCGAAUGUAUUUAACUCAUCUUAAUCGCUCUGCUGAUACCGGUAAGUUGGGUUUUCUUGUCUUCACUCAAGAAUUAUCAACUUCAUUAUUUUGAGUAUGAUGAGAAUCAUAUAAAUCGUAUUAGAAGGAUUAAUUUAUCCCUUCCAUUUAUGUAUCCUUUUUAUAUGGUUAUUGGAUCAAUCAAUGGUUUAAUCUGUCUUUUUGGAGGAAAUCAAAAUACUACUUGUAUUUGUAACCCCGUGACCAGAGAAUAUGUUGUGCUUCCAAAAUUCGCUAGAGAUUCUGAAGAUCAGUAUACUCAUUGGUCAUGCGGAUUUGGUUACCUUCCUACAACUAAUGAAUAUAAAGCUGUUGUGUUGAAUACGUCAGACAGAGAAAUUGAUUUUAUAGAGGUUGCGGUAUACACUCUUGGCAGUUGCAAUGGGUGGAAAGCUGUUGAGAGGCUGAAUACUAGAUUGGCCAAGGUUUAUGUUUAUCCUGGACGUGGUGUCUUUGUGAAUGGAUCUCUGCAUUGGAGGGAUAAACAAGAAGGAAAGGUUGUGGCCUUUGAUUUGACUGAGGAGAAAUUCAGUGAAUAUCCUCCACCACAUCCCUGUCUAUCAAUCAGGGGGUGGCCGGAUUUUACUAUUGGGGAGUUGGGCGGGGUUUUAUAUUAUGCUGUCGAACACAAACGUCAGGCCACAAGGUUCACAAGUUCUGACAUAUGGCUACUGAAAAGGAAGAAUGAUAUUCCGGAAAUGAAAGAGCCUUUGGGUUGGAGUGGUGGUGUUUUGUGUUUUGAUCAUAGGUCUCUCCACAUUUACAACGCAAUAUCUACAUUAUCAAGAAAGCUUGUGGAUUUUGCUCAUCUGAGUUUUUAUAAUCGAUUAUUCCCUCACAAAAUCACCUUAAUAUCCUUGAAAGAAUUAGAGAAAAUGAUAUACAAGUAAUGCAGUCAGCUGACAUUAAGGAAACAGAAAUCCAUGAUUUGCCGACAAAGCGUCUAGCAAGAUGAGAUCCCUGGAUACACUUAUUUACUGUGAGUUGCAUACUUGCGGGGCAACAUAUAAUUGUUUUCUACAGCAUUCCGACUCAUUCUGGAAGAAAAGGCAAGGAGCUGAAGAUUGAGAAAUUAAGCCGGUACUAUUUGCUGUUUUCUGGAAUGUUUCUGCGGAGAUUGCAGGAAGAGGAUUUACUUCGACUGGUUAUCAUGUCUAAUAAACACGACUUGCCAAUCUUCAGCAAAUUUUCACUUUAUUGUGCUAUAAUUUUUUAUUGGUCAUGGUUAGCAAAAGCUGAAUUUUUCUGGCAUUUUCUUUUGAUGAAAACAAAUUGACGAUAACAUCAGCAGCUAUACAUUAUCUGUCAUACAGCAUUUGUCUCGUUUGGUAUUAUAGUGGC